AUGGUCGCUUUGAAGUCGUCCCUCCUACUUAGUGGAUGGACAGCUGCCGUUGCAGCUUUACCUCCUCCAGGGCGGGCACCUCCUUGUCGCUUCGCUCCACUCCACUCACAAGAAGAUAUUCUAAGGGAUCCCAACCAGUUUCUUCAAGAUUACUUGUACUGGGAGGGCAAGUUUCACCAGAAUGACGUCUCGUACAACACUGCCAACGGCAUGUCCUAUGAUGGAACACAACUGGACUGGAAAACUGGCAUUGCCAGUAAGAAGCACGACUUCAGUGCUGCGAGCAAAGAGUCGUUGCAAAUCAUGAUUUAUGCCCAGGCUAUCUCAGGCUCGCCCGAGGCGGCCCGCUUUCUCUCUCCAGACCGGCCUCAUGCCGCGGUUGAUAUCGCCGCAGACAUCAUGGCAACCAAGAUUAAGACGUAUCUCAAGUUCAACGAGACCUAUCCUGGGUUCGGAGGCUUCCUUCCCUGGUUCAACUCUGCCUCGCAGGAUAUUGCCCCUACAUCAGAUUGGGUCAACCGUGUUCCUGCGCUUGAUAACGGCGAGCUCCUGUGGGCUGUAUAUGGCGCAAUCGAGGCUAUGGAGUCAUGCGGUCAUAAAGACCUCUCUCAGCUCGCUGCCAAAUGGUCUGAUUGGCUUGACUACACAAAGAAGACUGCUUCCAAGAUCUUUUAUGCUGGCAAAGGUCGUGUCUGCGCUGUCACCACUAUCGGAAACCAGUCCUUGGCUGUGACUAGCCCAGGUCAGACUUAUGCUUGUGAGGGCACCGCAACUUUGGACGACCCUUAUGAGGGCGAGCUGUUCACCUGGUGGCUGCACUUCUUCAGCGACCUGCCUCAAGAGGACCAGGAUGCUCUCUGGGAGGCCAAGCGGGCGAAGCUUGUGAGCGUGGAGUAUGAGAUGGAUGGUGUCGGCCCGAUCACUGUCCAAGAAGGUUACUGGUUCUCAAGUCACGAACAGUGGAAGGUUCUCGAGAUGCCCUACUAUGAUGUGGAUAUUGUGCGCCGUGUGUUCACCAAUGCUGAACGCGUUCGAACCUGCAAUUCUGUGGUCAUAAAGAACCCAGGACUGUUUGCCUCAAUCAACAACAUUACCAACAUCACAAGUGACGAAAUCAUUGGCUACAUCUCCAAUACUGGCAUCCCCUCCGUUUCGUCCCAGAAGAAGCAGGAGAACAUUGUCAUUACUCCAUACGGCUCUUAUCCGACUAUCUUGAUCAACAAGGGAGUCGGUCUGGCCUGGGUGCGCAACAUGUUGAUCGCCAAGAAGAUGCAAAACACUUAUGGUAGCACGGAGGCCACGAGGAUUGAUGGCACAGGUGUCUCUGCUCUGUUGACAUGGGACAGCAAAGUCACUACUGUCGCUGCGGUCCUUGGUGGUGUGCAGGAUCUUGUUCGAACCCGACUCAGGCGCCAUGGACUCUACAAUGACUUUGUCUCGAUCCUGGAGCGAGAGCACUCCCGCGUUUUCACCGAGUUGAAGGGCGAACAUGUGGACCUGUGUCUUCCCGAAGCACAUGUUCCCGAUACUGGCCUAAAGGAUUUUACAUCUUGCGUAGCUUCGCCGCACUAA